AUGUCUCUUUUCGGCUCUUUGAUGGGCGACGUGGAGGAUGAUCCGUUUUUCGGCUCUCACAUGAGGCACAUGCGUCAAAUGAAUAACAUGAUGAAUUCCCUGUUCUCCGAUCCGUUUGGCAUGCUCGGCGGCGAUGGUCCGCUUGCCAUUAUGGGCCCACAACGUGGUAACGCAAUGAUGCCCUUCAUGCCCCAAAUGCCUACAUUGAACAGGCUGUUCGCUGGCAGUCUAGAUGGAAGCAACAUGCAUGCUGGAAGUUCUUUCAGCAGCAGCACUGUGGUGAUGUCAAGUGGUCCUGGAGGCAAACCACAGGUGUACAGUUCAUCAAGCAGCACAAAAAUAGGACCCCAUGGUAUAAAGGAGACCUGUAAAACAGUACAAGACUCUCGGACUGGCACAAAGAAAAUGUCUAUUGGUCACCACAUUGGCGAACGUGCACACAUGAUUGCACGUGAACAGAACUACUACACUGGCGAUGCAGAAGAAACCCAGGAGUUCAUCAACUUGGAGGAAGAGGAAGCUGAAGAAUUUGACAGGGAGUUUCAAAACAAAGCCGGAGCGUUCCGAAUGGGUCGUUCCCGUCCCGCCAUCCACGCGGCUCCCGCACGUGACGUAGAGCCGCACAGACUCGCGCUCCCCGCCCCACCGACUACGCUCAAUGUACCUAAUACAAGUAGUGAGUCACCGGCGCGGCGCCGCUCGCCCGCGCCCCUCCGCCCCGCCGCCCGCCGCCCCCUGCGGACGUGCGCCAGCCCCCUCACUACUUCCUCCAGCCCGAGCGUACGCGAGGUGUACAGCAGCUCUCACCCGCAGCGACACCGGCACCGACACCACAAGCAACGCCACGCCUCUUCCAGCGCCACACACCCCCCUGCGGACGAGUGA